GCUAGUUUAAAUCACACGCAAUGGGUAUCCGAGGUUUAACGUCGUUUGUAAAGAAUUACGGAAAUCAAUGUGAGCAAAACUAUGAACUGCGAAGUACGUACUUGGUCAUCGACGGUAACAACCUGCAGCGAUACUCGGAAGUGACGUUACAAUAAAACCAGAGAUGUUAAAAAAUUUUUUCUCUAAAUUCGAAGCAUAUGGACCACAAAAAUAUAAGCAAAUCAUGCAACAAACAUUUACUUGGCUCAGCAAACGUACCUUGGACGAAGCUAUUGCUGAAAUCUUAAGUGGAAUACCUAAAUCAAAGAGACAACGAAUGUUAGAUGCAAUAGAAUUACACAUAAAUUACUAUACCUGUAUAAAUCUACCCGAAGCAGUGCUUGCACCAUUGAUUAUUGCUGAAUGCCCUAAUCAUUACAUAACAUCAGCUUACAAAUUUAAUAAAGAUAUUGAAAGUUUACCGUUCAGAGGAAAGUACUCCGAGGAGGACUUUGAAAUAAUUGAUGAAAACAUUAACAAUGAUAUGAUCGUAAUAAGAGAUAUACUUAUAGAACAUACCAAGAUUCAAAAUGGAAAUGAUUUGAUUAUUAACAGGUUACCCAGAUGGUUUGUGGAUGAGAUUGCUAAAGCUGAACUUCCAUCAGUUUUAAUAAACUACAUAGUAAAACACACGAGCAUACUACCAAUACAAAUAGAAAACAUAGAUCGUCCUUCGAGCAGCUUAAUAAGUUUGAAAAUUGUUAGCGUUACAUAUGGACUUAUAUCAUCGUUGAUAAAUGACAGGAAAACCUAUAUGAGAUAUGUAUUUAGGGAUCAAAAUUUAAAUUUCGUAUGUAAUGCAUUAGCAGGGACCAAAACGGUACCUUUAUUAACCCUUAGAGACCUUCCAUUAGGUACUCGAAAGGAAAUUUUAGACGAUGCUCUCGGCAUCAAGAACAAGAAAUGUAUCGAUGAACUUUUACCAGAAUGGAGAUUGUAUAUUGGUUGUAUUAAGUAUUGGACUGAUGAAGAAAAAUUGUACAAAUCGCAUAGAUGUUACGUGUAUUCGAUAAUUAUCUGUAUCUUAUAUAACAUAAUAAUUUCAAAGGUAGGACAACACAAUUCCAUAAACAGCUUCCAAGAGGCAUAUGGUAGUUUAAUCGAGAUUUCAAAAAAUAGAAGACAGGCAUGCAGAAACAAAUUAAACAUCUCGAAGAAUGUUACGAUUGAUCAGGCUCGUUCAGGUAUUGAUAUGAUGGAUUGUCUUUUAACCGCGUCAUUUUGUAUUACUAAUUCUAAAAUGCAACCAAAUGAAUAUUUUAAUAAAAAGGUUGAUAUGUCUAUUGUACAUGCAUUUUCACAAUUUCAAAUGUGUUUACUUACCGCCAUUAACUUGAAUGCGCUAUUGGGCUGCCCUUAUCAAGAGCCAAUCGUAGCGAAUUUGUUUAACGGUACAUUUUUGUACAAUGUGUGUAGGGAUUUGCAAGCAUCCGAUAACAUAGAUAAGUAUGUAAAUGAUAUUUUUGAAGAUUCGCCAACUCUCUUAAGACUAUUUAAUGUAUUGCUGUCAAAAGUAAACCCAUUGCUUGCAUAAAAUGUAAAUCAAUUAUAUCAUAUUUAAUUUUAACAUAAGAUUAAAACAACAAUGUUCAUGAAUGUUUACAUAUUACCUCACCUAAAAUAAAGCGGAACACCUAUGCAUAUACAUAUGUAUGGAUAGGGAAGAAUGGAAAUGUCUCUUA